AUGGCCCAUAUUGAUGAGGAUAAGCAGGAAUUGUUGAUGGAUGUUCACCGUUUGGGUAAUAUUGGAGUUCGACUUGCGAACCCCAAGGUUGGUGGUGUGUUUGAGCAUCUGGUAUCUCAAUCAUCUCUUGUUGUUAAGAUAAAGAAAAAGAAAGUAUUGGACCCAAACUUGAUGAAAAUCAUGAGUAAUGUAGGUCAACAAAAAGUUGUGGACUUUAUGAUUGGUGGUGAUAGUAUCUUGAGGGAAAAGGUCAUGGCUGAGGCUCAUGGAGCUCGUUAUGGUAUUCAUCCUGAUUACACCAAGAUGUAUCAAGACCUUAGAAAGUUCUAUUGGCGGAUUAAUAUGAAAGAAGAUGCGGCAAGCUACGUGGCCAAGUGUAUGCUAUUUCAACAAGUGAAAGUUAAGCACAUAAGGCCCGGUGGUUUGUACCAAGAGAUUGUCUUGCCUGAGUGGAAGUGGGACAAGAUUAACAUGGGUUUCUGGUACAACCAAAUUACACCUCUCUUAUGA